AUGACGCAAGAGACUUGUGGAAAAAAUCCAAAGAUAACAAUGAUCUGCAUCGAGUUACUUGUAUCAUUGGUUGCUGGUAUCCUACUACUCCUCGCCUGCUUUGGGUCCCGCCGUCGCCGAAGCAGAAAUUGGUUCCUCCAGAAAGGUGUCCUAGGUGCCUACACCGUGUCCUUCUCGUUGGCAACGUACACACUUGGUUCCAUGCAAUCUUCUGAGGUGAAGAGCAGGAUGUACCCUGUUUGGGCCUUAUCUCUGUUUAUGCUUCAUGCUUGUACCGACUCUAUGACAGCUUAUAGUCUCGAUGACAACAUACAAGUAACAAGACUCAAUUACCAGGCUUUUAUGUACCAUACAUACGUGGUGUUACUUUUCACCACCGUGCAGACGAAGAGCAACUACAUCCUAGCACUUGCUUAUAUAUCUUUCAUUGCUGUCACAAGAUAUUUACGGAGACUUGCAGUGUGUCAUCUCGCAGCCUACUCAUGGAACUUGAACAAAACUGUUGCUGAUUACAUGUAUGGUCAGCAAAACGGGAGGGUAUUUGAUCCAGCCACCAUGGAAGGCUGCAAUUACCUAGUUGACUGGCCCAUUAGCGAAUCCAAGUUUGAUGCUUCAACAUCAUAUGGAACACAAUUAACAGUGGGGGAUCAUGAUGAAGUCAUUACCAUUGAGAAGAUAUGGGUCAAGUCACUAGGCCCAGAGCUAAAAGAUGCAUGCCUUUCCUUCUCUCUUUUCCAUCUGCUAAGAAGGCGCUUCUUUGGGUUUGCCUGCGACGAGUCCAAAGGCAGGACACAUGAGUUUAUCUUCAAAGGGCUUCUAACUGAUGGUGCCACAGACUACAACAGGGUGUUCAAGGUGAUUGAGGUUGAGUUGGCCUAUAUGUAUGAUUUCUUCUUCACCAAGUAUGCUGUCAUUUAUUAUAGAUGA